AAUUUGAAGGAUUUCUCGACACACUAUUUUAUCCCCUACAAAUUAUGCACUUUCAAUCGUAAUGUAAAUUGAUCCAUCGCGGAUCUAUGUGCCUCACACAUCUGCAAAUCACCGCCAGCAGGGUUCAGUAGCGAUCUUCGCGAGACUACGUUGCCCCAAAGACCAGUGAAGAAGAAGCUCGGUCUACGGUGCGCGCCAAUUUACAACAAGCCAGCCAGGAGGACGUAAACAUUCCCUCCGUCCUUGUCGUGGCUCCAUGUCGCCGAUACGACCAUCGCUUCCCUAAUCAUGAAUACGAGUGUAAAAGGAUCGGGCGAUGUGUCACAAAUUACUGCCAGUGGUGACAAUGAUUCCAUCAAAGUGUUUGUGCGAGUGAGACCUCUGACCCAAGACACAGGGUUAACCACAGAUGGAGAUCAGAAUCUGUGUUUAACGGUCACUUCACACAACACCAUUCGCCUGCACUCAAAGCCAGAACCAAGGACCUUCACUUAUGACCAUGUCGCUGAUAUGGACGUAUCCCAGGACUCUGUCUUCGCAGGUGUGGCAAAAAAUAUCGUGGAAUCUUGCAUGAAUGGAUACAAUGGCACCAUUUUUGCCUAUGGACAAACGGGUUCUGGAAAAACCUUCACCAUGCUUGGCCCGUCCGACUCCGAUAACUUCACAGACGAACUGCGAGGGGUUAUUCCCCGAAGUUUUGAGUAUCUCUUUUCUCUCAUCAACAAAGAGGUGGAAAGGUCCAAGAGAUUCCUGUGCAAGUGUUCCUUCAUCGAGAUCUACAACGAGCAGAUCUACGACCUGCUGGACAGCGCCUCCGCCACCCUGUUCCUCAGAGAGAACAUCAAGAAGGGCGUGUUUGUCGAGGGAGCCGUGGAGAAGUUUGUCACCUCGGCCUCGGAGGCUUACCAGGUGCUGUCCAUGGGCUGGCGUAACCGCCGUGUGGCUUCCACGUCCAUGAACCGCGAGUCCUCCAGGUCCCACGCGGUCUUCACCAUGGCCCUGGAGUCCAAAGAGACCGUCAACAAGUUGGUGAACAUCCGCACGUCUCAGCUCAACCUGGUCGACCUGGCCGGCUCCGAGAGGCAGAAAGACACGCACACGGAAGGCUCUAGACUCAAGGAGGCCAGCAGUAUCAACCUCUCCCUCAUGUGUCUGGGCCAGGUCAUCAUGUCGCUGGUGGAUGUGGCCAAUGGCAAGAACAGGCACAUCUGCUACAGAGAUUCCAAACUCACCUUCCUGCUCCGGGACUCUCUGGGAGGGAAUGCCAAGACGUACAUCAUAGCCAACGUGCAUCCAGGGUCAAAAUGUUUUGGGGAGACGCUGUCUACCUUGCAGUUUGCCCAGAGAGCAAAGUUAAUCAAAAAUAAGGCCAUGAUCAACGAGGACUCCCAGGGCAACGUGAGGCAGCUGCAAGCCGAGGUGAAGAAGCUCAAAGAGCUCCUCGCCGCUCAGACCUCCAUGGGGCUUAGUGGCAGGGACCUGGCUCCUGGGGGCCCCCGUCUGUCCAGCAGUCCAUCAAAUGAACACCCUGAGGUCUCCUACAAGGGCAAAUUCCUUCAAGCCAUUGGUCUGUGGAAGAAGCGGGAAGAUGAGAAAACGCUCCUGCUCCAGAAGGUGGCACAGUUGGAGGAGGCCAGGGCCCAGAAGGAGAAGUUCAUCCACUCCAGCCGCAUGAUCGUCAAGUUUCGGGAGGACCACAUCUCUCGCUUGGAGAAGAAGUUGAAGGGCGAUCAGGUCCCGCUCUUGGACAAAGAGAGCGAGGUGUUGGUGGACCAACUGAAGGCAGAAAUCACCGUCCUUAAAGAUCAGAUGGAGCAUCACCCGAAGAUAAGCCAGUACGCGGCGGAGAACUACAGUCUGAGGCAGGAGAACCGCUACCUCCGCUCCCUGGAGUCCGUCACCAAGGCAGAGGAGGCUGCAGGCCAGGCUGCUGUGGAGCUGGAGGAAGCCUUCCGGCUGGCCCUGGAGGCCUCCGGGCCCACAGAAGCUCAGCCGGCUUUCUCGACGCCGGCUGCAGCUGAAAGCGUCUCUGCGGUCUCCGUGGAACGACUGAAGGCCCAGCUGCUCCAGAAGCAGUCGGAGCUCUCCACCACCUCGCAGGCCUUCGAGGAGUACAAGGAGCUCACCAAGAAGCAGAUUGUGGAGCUGGAGUCUGAGAAGCGGUACCUCGACAAGUCCAUCAAGCAUUUGGAAAACAUUCUGGAAGCCACACAAACUUGUAAGAAACAGGAGGUCUUGGAGCUCAACAGGAUCCAUGUUGAAACCAUCAAGAACCUAACCACCCCAACCAAGGCCUACAACCUGCGAUCCAGAAACGACCACCUGUCCAGCCCGGAGCACCUGAACGGAGACAAGAUGAACGACAUCCGCCACGAGCAGCCUCCCCCGGAGAUGGCCUGCGAGGCCUGCGAGGCCCUGACAGAGGAGCUGCAGCAAGUGCAGGAACAAGCUGAUCGGGUUCAGACCCAGCUGGCGGAGGAGGAGAUGAAGGGCACUAAACUGCUGCAGCAGAUCGCUAAGCUUGACGAGCAGGUGGCCUUGAUGGGACAAGAGUUGGGGCGCAAGGACCAGCUCCUCUCUGAGGAGCGAGCAGGUAGGAGCGUGGAGCAGCUGACUCUGCAGGAGAGCCUCGCCGGCCUGCAGCAGACCCUCGAGGCUGAGCAGCGCACCGGCGAAGUUCUGCGGAGUGAGAUCCAGGACCUGCGUGUGGUUCUGCAGUCGUCGGAUAAGGAGCUUGCCGCUGUGAAGAGCGAGCUGAGGGACGGCCAGGGAGGGCAUCAGAGGGAGAUGAGCCAGCUCUCCAGCAACCUGAUCAGGACCCAGCUCCAGCUGGACAAAGUCCAACUGGAGUGGGAGCAGCUCCUGCUGCAGCACCGGAGUCUCCAGGACUCCUUCGACCAUCUGCAGGCAGAGUCUAAGUUUGAGGCUGACCAGGCCGGACAGCAACUGCAGGAGAGCCAGCAGGAGGCCGCCGCCCUCAGAGACCGCAUCACGGAGAUGGAUAACAGUCUGCAGAUAGAGAGGGCCCACACCAACACGCUGUCGACCCAGCUGUGGGAGAGCACGUCAAAGGAGCUGAUGGAGACCUUGGGGCAGAACACCAAGCUACGACAAGAGGUGUCUGACCUCACGACUCAACAACAACAACAGGUUUCUAAUCUGGAAAACCUUGAGCAAAACCUAGCGUCAGCUAAGGAAACCGCAAGCGUCUUGGAGCAGAAGAUCGAACAGGACAAAGGUGUGGUGCUGGAGCUCAUCAACCAGACCAGGGAGCUCCGCAGUGAGCUGAGUGGGAAGGAGGAGAACCUGGCCCAGCUGUCUGGGGACAUCAAGGACCUCACCGCCAAGUGUAAUGCAGUCACCAGUGAACGGGACGAGGUCCGAGAGCAGAACUCCAGGAUGCAAACGAAGCUUCAGGACCUGAAGGGGGACGUGGAGAAGAAGGCGGCCUCCAGCCGGAUCGAGGUGGAGCUGUUGCAGGAUGAAGUUCUCUACGCCACGGAGGAAGUAGAACGGCUCACCAAGGUGUUGGAUGAGCAGAACGGACUCCUGCAAAGCUUUCAGGAGCAAACCACCCAGAAGGACUCCACCAUCCAGAGCCUGCAGCAACAGGUGAAGAAACAGGAGGAGGCCGUUGAGAAAGAGACAUCAAAAUGUGGCUUCAACCUCAUUCUGGGCGGUGCGUUCACACCAAAGUCUUUAGCCAAGACGCCUCGCACGCCCAGGAGCGUCAGCAAGGACCUGAGCCAGAUCCUGGAGCUGGAAAGCCGCCGCUCCUCCAUGAUGACCAUGGAGCUCCUCCUCACGGAGCAGAACUCUGAGCGGGCCGACAAGAACGCCGAGAUCCAGAGGCUCAAGACCCAGCUGAACGAGAUCCAGUCUCUGCUGGAGCUGUUCUACAAAAAGCAGGAGCAGUCCGAGCAGAACGGGAACGACACGGGUGAGCUACUGAAUGAAGCCAUCAAACAGACCAUGCUCAGAGAGCUGCAGGAGGAGAGGGCUGAGAAGAGCAACGCAACACAGAAGCUCUGUGAAGCCCAGAAAAGACUGCAGGCCCAGGAGUCCAUGCUGGCCCAGUCUCAGACCUGUGUGCAGGAGCUCACCAGUGAACUGAGGAACCGCUGUCUGGAGCUGAGAGAGCUGAGCCAGAGGGAGCAGGAACAAGAGAAGCUCCUCAAUGAGGUUGAGGUUCUCCGCAAACAAGUGGACCACUUGUCAGAAGAGAACGGCAAACUAGUUGGCCACAAGAACCACAAGCAGAGGAUAGAGUAUCUGGUGAAGCUGAAAAAGGAGAACUCCAAACUUCAAGAGGAUAACGAAAUCCUCCGCUCUCAAAUAGUCUUAUUACGGGACGGCGUGUGAAGCUCUCCAGUGGAAACGGUCUGGACUCGUGCAGCAGUCCUUCACACUCUUUUCUAAAGACACACAACUGUUCAAUACAAUGCUGCCAGGAUCAAAAGCAUUUGACCUCAUACGCCUAUUGCCUUGAACUAUUCAAAUGGUGUUUUCAUGGCUCUAGUACUCUCUCAAUAGCCUAAACUGUAGUAGUACUUUUGUUGGUGCCUUUUUUUAUUUCUGGAACUAAUUAACUGUACAGCGUUUUAUUGUAACUGAUAGUGCCUGGACAGGAGGCCAUGAAUUUCAAGUUUGUUAUAUUUUUUAUUUCUUUAAACAAUGCCGUUUUAAAUAAAUUCCUUAAUGAAU